AUGAAAUCAACGCUCAGGGAUGAUAACUGGGAAGUGGUGGGUUUUUGGAUGAAACUGAAAAAAAUCAUAUUUUUUUAAGGACUUCCCAACUUUGGAAGCCGCUCGUUGGAACACGCCGUCAACCUCCACAACCACGUCGGAUUUUUGCUCCUCGGUAAGUCGAAAAAAAAAAGAAAAAUGGAUUUAUUUGAAGAAAAAAAUAAUGCUUUGUUAUUUUAAUUUCAAAAAAAUCAUUCUCUGCAAUUUUUUUAUUAUUCAGUUCAAGCUGUCAUUUUGCGAAAAAGAUGUUUUUUUAUUGGAAUUUCUUCACAAAAAAAUUGAUUAUUUCAACAUUUUUUUAUAAGUUUUUUUCAUUCAGAGAAGUGGGAAAAGAAGUACUAGUUUUUUUAUAAAAAAAUUAUCAGCCGAACUUUUUUUGAGAAACUGAGAACCUCAAACUUCAAAAAUUUCCAGUUUUCGAGGACUAAAAUUUUCGAAAUGGCCUAUUUUACGAGCUUUUGAUGGCUCGUUUGGUUCAAAAGUUUUUUUUUCGAAAACUUGGAAGUUGAGGAUUUUGGAAUGUUUAGUUUAGGAGUAUUUUUCGGAAAUUCGGAAUCGUGCGAAUAAUUAAUAAAAACCGAAUAUAGGACAUUUUUUCUAGUCCUUUUUUCUUGUAGAAAUUAGCUCAUGUAGCCGAUUCACCAUUAGCUUGAGCCAUUGAAAAAAUGGUCCUGACACGAAAAAGUUAGAGAUAGUGCCUGGUUGGUGGAGAGUGCAGACAGGCCACGCCCCUUUUCAUCUCAAGCUAGCCUUGAAUGGACUUAGUAUCAAAUUUGAAAAUAUUUUGCUUGAGACCAUUUUUUGCAGUCUUUUGCAAACUCGGGCAAGGUCGGAAUGGUGAAUAAUAAUCGCUAAAAGGCUCAAAAAAGGCAAGAAAAAGGCCGCAAAAAGGCUGGAAAAAGGUCGCAGAAAAGCAGCAAAAAGGGUCCCUUUAUCGAGCCUUCCAUUUUUUCUUGGAUUUUAAAGGCCUCAAGAAAUGGUGGGAAAAGGGAGAGGCUGCAAAAAUGGUGCGUAAAAGCCGAUGAAAUGGCCCUUACCCUAAAAGGAACGUUUUCCGACCUUGCCUAUGGUUUUUUAAAGACAAAGUACCAGAAAAAAAAUUUUAGGGUAGAUUUUUUUCUGCUGGGAUUUUGAAACCUGUCGAGCGGUUGGACUAUAGAUAAAUCUAGAAUUGCUCAGACCUUGGUAACGCGAACGGGACGCGAAUCGGACGUGUCGUAGCAUUUCUAGUGACCACUUUAGUAGCCUCAGAACUCUUAAGGGAUCCCUAGAAUCGCCCAGAAACGUCCGGAGCACGUCCGUUUCGCGUUACCAAUGUCCGAGUGUUCACUUUUUUGCGUAGAAACCCGAGUUUUUCCAGAGCCGGACGCCUUACUCGGAGCCCACUUGGGGAGAUCCAUUCCCUUCGAUCGAUUGGAAUCGAUCAGAUGAAGAGCCGGGCAUGAGGGAGUUUCUGAGGACCCAGAAGAGGAUGGAGGAAAAAGUGGCCUACGUCGAAUAUCAUCAAGUCCCCUGCUUCAUCCUGCCCGAAGACAAAGACGUGGUGCCGUUCCUUCGGCCGGGAGCCCUGGUGAGGAAAAUUGAUCCGAAAUGUCGUGAAAUGUCAUGAAAUUCGAAAAUUGUCACGCUUCGAAUAGUUGGAUUCCCUUAAAUAAGCCUUAUUAACCUUUCAAUCACGCUAGAAAUCGUUCAAGAAUUGUAUUUAUUUGUUUUUUAAAUGAAAGAAAUGCUUCGAAAUGUCACGAAAUUUAGAAAAAAAAGUUUUUUACGUUUCUAGUAGCUUAGAUAAGCCUUUGAAGGUUAUAAAAACCGUUCGAAAUUUCUUCAUUUUUUGAAAAAAGACCUCAAAGUGAACGGAAAAUGCACUGAAGUUGAGAAAUUGACUGAUUCAAAAUGGAGCUAAAUGUCGCGAAAUUGAAAUAUUGUCAUUUUUUGAAUGUUUCUAAUAGUUUCACGUACCUCGAUAAGCGUUAGAAGGUUCCAGAAAUCGUUCAAAAUUUUUCCAUUUUCUGAAAAAAAAAGCCUCGAAAUGUAACGAAAAUGCACUGAAUUUCAAAAAUUGAGUGAUUCGGAAUGUAGCGAAAUUCAAAAAUUGUCGUUUUUUUUACGUUUCUAAUAGUUGGGUUUCUAACAACACUUUCAAUCAUUCUAAAAUGUGUUCCAAUAUUUUGAUCCUUCUUUAAAAGAAAAAAUUUUUUCCGAAAUGUCGCGAAAUGUCAUGAAAUCCAAAACUUGUCAGUUUUUUGUUUGACGUUUCGCUUAUAAGUCUUAGAAAAAAGUCUCGAAAUGAUGAGAAAAUGACUUGAAAUUGAGUUUUUUUUUUUUCGUUUUUUAGAGUUGUAUUUUUGCAUGUAUGAUGGUUUUAUGUGUCUAGAAUAGCCUGAAACGAUUUGAAAAGUUUCAAAAAUCGUUUGGAAAAAAAAUUCUUGAAAUACUCGUUUUCUAAGCCCUAUUUUAGCUUUUAUGACAGUUUUUUUGUGUCUAGAUAUCACUCAGAACGAUUUCAAUAUUUUUUUAGAAACAGUUCAAAAUCUUAUUAUUUUGUAAUAUUACCGGAAAGUAUACCUCGAAAUGUUGCAAAACUGAAAAAAAUUUUUCUGUUUUUUUCAGAAAAGAUAAGCAAGGAACUUAAAAAUAAAAACAAUAUAAAUUGAAAAAAAUCAAAACCGUGUAGAAAGGGGUUCAAAUUUUUCAGGUCGCUGACUCGAAACGAGAAUAUCGAACGAAUCAUGUCGGCCCUGAAGUGACUUUCCAUAGCAAUCGGUUCGCCGGCAAUUCCUCGGCUUCUCGGGCUCGUUUCGAGAAAAUCCCACGCGAAACCAUUCGCGAACGGAUCGAGAACCUGCCGCGACAGCAAAAACGCCAUGUGCGCGAGUAUUAUUUGGUUGGUUGAGAGGCUGGAAAAAGCGAGAAAAAGAAGGAUGGGUCCCUGAAAAGUGAACUCCAGAAAUUUCGUUUUUUGAAAACGAGGAUCCAAGAAGUGAAACAGAAAUUAGGAAGGAAGUAAACUUCUUAAUCGAAAAAUUGGGAAAAAUUCUAGAACUCCCACCCCCCUCAAAACAAAUUUCGACGGGACUUUUUGGUGGGGGGCCCGGUUACAGCCCCCACCAUGGCAAAUUUUGACGGGGGGUGGGGGAAAAUCAAAAUGAAAUCAAGCACAUAAAUUGUUUUUCCAAGUUUUUUUUUGAAGUAAUUUUCCCGAUUGAAAAAAAAAAGGUUUGAAAAUAAUUUUUUACGCCCACAAAGUUUCUAUUACAUUUUUCAAAUUUGACUCCUAUAGGGACCUCUACGAAAGCCUUUUAGGGAUCCCUAUAGGGAGAGGGCCCUAUUAAACUCCCUAUAGGGACCCCUUUGAAGUUUUUCAGAUGCUUUUCAGAAAAUUUUCAAAUGUCAGACUCGAAUUUUUGAAAAAAACUAUUGUUCGCAGUCGAAAAUUUCUCUAGAAGCUGAGAAGUUCUACACUCGGGGCUUUGUGGGAAAAUAUUUAACAUUCGAACUUUUUAAGAAUAAACAAAAUAUUUUCUUUUCAAACCUUGAUGAAUACGAUCUUCUGUUUUAGCAAAAAAAUUUGAAAUUUCGAAUUUUUUUCCUCAAUUUUCAGGGACCCCUCUGAAAAAUUUGCAUGUUUUUAUGUCUGUGUUCGUUUUUUUAUUGACAUUUUUUUCGAUUGAAAUGAUAAUUUAACCUUAAAAAAAUUAAAAAGUAUAAAGCUUUAUCUAUGUUAAAUUCAGAGUAUUAAUUUAAAUUUUGGUGGAAAAAAUUUUUUUAGAGAAGUUUGAGCUUUUCAGUAUGAUAUCAAGCUCUCGAGCUUUUCAAAUUUUUUUCAAAUUUUCUUGGAGUAUUUGUUUUGAUGAUUGAAUAAUGAGAAAGGGAUAAUUCGCAUGUCCUUUAUUGACGUGGAAAAAAAUCUUAACACAAAAAAAUAAUUUUCAUAGAAAAAAAUGGUAAUUUUAAAGACUUUAUAAUCUUUUUUUCGGCUAUGAAUAAAUAGAAUCGCAAGAUUAUUUUUUUCGAAAUUUCCUAUGAAUGAUCUGCAUUUAAUCGACAAUUUCGUAUGCUUCCCAUGUCCCAAUGUCCCGAAUUAACCCCGCUUUUGUCCCAAGCUUCUAACAAAGUUCUUAUGCUUCUAAUGUCCCAAGUUAACCCCGCUUUUGUCCCAAGCAAGCUUUAAAAAAGUUUUUUGCCUAUCUGCCAGCUUUUUCCAAUCAUUUAGGAGUGAUAUGAAGUUCAGUUUCGAACAUUUUAGAUGAAUAAACGGGAAAUACGAGUUGCAACGAGCCCGGCUGCGUGUAGGAAACUGGAGCAGAAGCCGCAGGAGCCGAUUUUUCAUGUUAAUCCUUUUUUUCUUUCUUUUGAAAUCUCAAAAAGUUUUUUUUGUACUCUAAAAAGUUUUGUUUAACGCCUCGGGAGAAUAUAUGAAUGAAUUUAUGUUUUUAGUCGACUUUUUGUUGGGUUUUCAGCAUUUUAGGGGAUGAGAUUUUGUACUAUUCAAGUCAUUCAAAUCAGGAAAAGAAGACAUUUUUUUGAAAAUAAUCAUGGAAUCCAAUAGAAGGGUCUCAAUUGAAAAAUUUUUUUCGAAGAAGAAAAAAAUCCAAAAAUUUUUUUCUUACGGGCUUUUUGGGGAGAAUUUUUUUAAGUAAUAAUUCGUUUUAAGUUGAUUUUUUUCUUGAAUUUUAUUUUUUUGGGGGUUAUGCUCAUGUUAUUUUUGCACGAUUCAAGUCAUUAAAAAUCAGUAAAAAUAAUAAACUCCAAGUUUUUCUCAAGAUAUUGAAUAGGUGAGCUCUCAAUUUUAAUUUUUACAAGAGGAAAAAAAAUCUUAAUUUCGUGUUUUCGUUCGUGCGGGAAUGUUGGAGAAUACUUCUCUCAGAUUAUUUUUUUCAAAUUUUCAAUUUUGGUAUUUUGUGGAUCUCUGGGAUUUUUGUCACCCUAUGUCGAAUGCAAUUUUGUUUUAUGGAGCCUUUUUCUGAAUUUUUUUUCUUUCUUUCAAGUCGGAGCAGUGUUUGAAUGGCUGAAUAAGAAAAAAAGAUUUAUUCUUAGGCUUUUCCCUGCACCUUUUAACCGAUUUUGCAACACUUGGAAUGGCUUGAAGCUUCACUGCUUUUUGGCAAGUGCGCCCGACCUUUCUGACUUUCUAUGGUGGAAGAUAGUCUCGAGACCAAGUAGUUUCUGGUCGGGCGCGCUAAAGAUUCCACCUCAAGGAACAACGUCAGAGACGAGUGAAAUUUCUUUAAAUUUAUUGUUGAAAGAUUUUUUCUUAAGAAGGUUAAAAGGUGCUGGAAAACACGGGAGAAAUUCUAUUCUAAAAAAAUGUGACGGACGAUUUUUGAAAGUUCGUUCCGGAUUUUGCGUAUUGCUUGAAGAAAAAAAAAUGGAACUAGAGCUUCGAAAUGAAUUCUGUAUCUUUCUAGGAUCAUUUCAGAGAGUCUUUUUGAAGACCUUUCCGGAUUUUAAUGAAAUUUUCCAAUCGAAUGAUCUAAUCGGAAUUUAUCCAGAUUGUAAAUAAAAAAUCAAAAAACAGAAAAAUUCCAAACCUCCCUCGCUAGGGCCACAAAAACACAAUCUUGGGAACUUCAGAGUGGUCCCUAUAGGGGCAACCUUUGGGGCGGGGUCCCCUAGGGACCAAUAAAGCUUGCAAAAGUGGUCUCUAUAGGGGACAUGCUUGUCGAUAAUUGUUAUGAACUCUAAGCGAAGAAGCAUUUCCAUGCAAAAAAUGAAUAAAUAGGCGAGAUUGAGCGACCCCUAUAGGGUCCACUUGAGCUUUAGAGAGGGGGGGGGGGAGCCAGACUCUGAGCCCCUAUAGGGACCACUUUUUAGGCCUCUAUAGAGAGUUUUUCUUCCCCCUAACCCCUAUAGGGACCACUCUGGAAUUCCUAAAAUGUUCAAAGUAUAGAUUUGCCUAAUUUUCCCAUAUUUUCAGUGGGCAGCGAGAAUCGAAUCGGGCAGCACGGCGACGGAUCCACUCCGCUCUGUUUCUGUGACGUUCCCCGACAAUAACUACGAAAUCGAAGCCCGAGAAACUCGAGAAAAGUUGUCAAGAAUGGAAUUUCGACGGCCGUUGCACCUCACUUCGCUGAAUUGUCCUUUCGUUGUUCGUUAUUUUUUACAGCUUUGAAAAAAUUAAUUUGAGUGUGUAGCAUUGAAAAACAGGAAUUUCGCUUUUUCAGAUCGAACUGGAAGACGGUGAAAGGCCCAACAUCAACUUCUCCUGGGAAAAUUCGCGUUGCGCCAUUUUCGACGAAUUAAAAUGGGAAAUUCACAAUUAUAAGGACUUUCUGAAUGGCGUCAAGGAGGUUGGUGGCCAAGAAACGUUGUAAAAUUAUUUUUGAAAGCUGCCGUUUUGCAUCAUUUCAUCUUCUGUUAUGCGCCACUUUUGUUGCCUCUUCCUUUUCCUACCAUUUUUGAGCCUUCCAGAUUCCAAAGAAAAAAUUGGAGGCUCGAUAAAAGGAUUCCCUUUAAGGGACCCUUUUUGCGGCCUUUUUGCUACCUUUUUGCUGCCUUUUUGCUUUCUUUUUACGGUUUUUUUUUGAGCUUCUCCCUUUUAGCGGCCAUUAUCUACCAUUCUGACUUCAUCCGAGUAUUGAUUUUCGGAUUUCUUUAUUGUUCUGAAAUCUGGAUUUUCUUCUUUUUCUUUUUUCUCCGUUUUUCCGAAAAACGGUCAUUCCUUGAAAUCCAUUUUCUGUUGGCUGCCUUACCAAUUCCUCAAAAAACCGAUCCGAUUUUUGAAAAAGUUGAAAAAAGGUACAAAAGGGCCUUCAUUUCUAAAACUUUAAAGCUUUUAAAAUUUUUCUCACAAUCUCUAACGUCUCAGAAACGUUGAAAUAAAAAUUUCUUGAUUUAAUAUUUAAUGAUAUUCCAUUCAUAUACAAUUAUCAUUAUUCUCCCUUUACAGAUCAAAAUCCUACCGGUCGCCGUGAGAAAUCACCCGGCUGUGAGUGGCAUGAAAGACGUCUUUUUGAGCAAUCAGGCGGUACUCAUCCGAUUUUCCUCUUCCGAUUUCCGGGCCGACGCUCAGAAAAAGUUGAUGCGCAGUUGGGUUCGUGGAUUUCAAGUAGUUCAGCUAAAAACAAUUUUUUGGUUUUUUUUAAAAAUUUUUACAAAGUUUGCUGUAACUUAGUGCUCUCUGUGUGUUGGCAAAAAAAGCCAUUUUGAAAAUUUUCUAAUCUGUCUUAGGAACGCGCGAGUGGUCUCUAGAAGUUGAAGAUUUCCCCUCUAGGGACCACUUUACCUUUUCCUAUAGUAAAGCUCGCAAAAAGGCCACUCUAGGGGGUUUUUUGAUUUUCCAAAUCAUUCCAAAUAAUUUAAAGAGACCUAGAGGGAUCACUCAAGCUUCAAGGGCACAUGGGUUAGACCCCGAAUCCCUAAAGAGAUCACCUAAAUUUUACCCCUUUAGAGAGUUAUUUUUCGUCCAUUCUAGGGGCUGUUUUUCCCGAAACCCUCUAUGGACCACUCUGGCGCUCCUAGGCAAGACGAAAAUUCAAAAUUGAAGACCCUAUAGGGACCACUUGAGCUUCAUGGGCAGACCCUUGACGCCUAUAGAAAGUACUAUUUUGGUUUUCCCGCUCGAAACCCUCAAGGGACCACUCUGGCGUUCCAAAGCAAGACGAAAAUUUCAGGUGAUUCCCGACCAUUUCGUCAAUCCUCAGUACGAUAACAGUGACCCGGUGGAAACCUACGCCGCGGAAUUUAUUUAUACAGUAAAGCCGAAAAACGGACGGGGCUACGUUCUUGUGAGAUCCAUUUUUGGAAGGAAGAAAUAUGAGAAGAAUUGUUUUAGAUGAAAAAUGCGCAUGAAGUCGGCUUCGCGGCCAAGGUACUACAAGGAAAUGGCUUCGGGAUCCUGCGGGACUAUUGCGAGACGUUGGGCGGGAGAAAGGUGAGAUUUUGGGUCAAAAAUCGAAAAAAAGGGUUUUCUGGGAAAAUUUUUAGUGGCCACUAUAGAGGCUCGCCGAGGACUACUUGGAGAGGACACUAAAGUGGCCACUAAACCCACCUCUAUAGUGGUCACUAUUUUCCGUUUAAGGGGCCACUUCAGUAGUUUUUCAUCCAGUAUUCCUUCCAGUAUAACUGAUUCACGGCUGGCUUGAGCCAUCGAGAAAAGGGUCCUGCCACGGAAAGAGACGAGACAGUGCCCUGGUUGGCGGAGAGUGCAGACAGGCCACGCCUUUUUGCGUCCCAAGCUAGCCGUGAAUCGUCUAUAACUCUGAUAAUUUAGAAACAAACCUAUUGGACUCGUUAUGUUGAUACAUUGACCCCUAAAGUGGCCACUAAAAUUUUUAGUGUCUAGUAGUAGCACUUAGACCUCUAUAGGGGCCACUAACUUGACUACUACAGUGACCACUCAAACGUCAAAACCCUAUAGUGGCCACUAAUUUUUGACCCCUUAAGUUGCUACUAAUUUGACUACUAUAGUGGCUACUAAAACGUCAAAACCCUAUAGUAGUCACUAAAAAUUUCCCCAGUGUCUUCGGAUUUUUUUUAAAACAUGAUGUUACUGUUUUUGAUUAUUUUUUUUUCAAGUAGACUACUUUUUCAUGAAUUGGACUAGUUUGGAAGUGGUUUAUAAACUUUUUCAGAUCACCUUUCAAUUCAUGCCGAGCGUCAUCGACACGACGGACCAGUUGGUUUGGCUUCUCGAGAAAAUUUUCGAGGCCAACAAUCUCGAUUUCGUACGCGCCGAGAUGUACUUCCAUCGACCGCAGGACAUGUUCGUGGUUUUACAGAAAAAAAAAAUCAUAUUUUUGGAGCCAAUUUUGGAUAGAACUGAUUUUUAUCGAGCUUAAAGGUCGAGCUCAAAAAAAUCUUUUUUUUUUAAAUUCAGAAAAGCCAGAGGGGAUUAGAGAAAAACAGUGACUAUAGGGGAGCGAAAUUUUGGUCCCUAGAGGGGCUUAAUUGUCUGAUCCCUUAGCUCAGGAAGCUUAAGUGGUCCCUAGAGGGAUUAGAGAAAAACAGCCCCUGUAGUGGGCGAAAUUUUGGUCCCUAGAGGGGUAAAAGGUUGACCUUUAGUCUAAAAAGCCUAAGUGGUCCCUAUAGGGUCUAAAAGUGAUUCGAAAGAGAACAGGACAAAAUUGAUCAAUUAAUUUUUUCAUUCAAUUAUCGCUUAUUCAAUGAGAAUUAAAAGCCCUCUAGGGACCACUAGCAUGUUCGAAAUCCCUACAGGGGCCGUAAGAAGUUUUUUGAAGCCUAAAAUCAAGUUUCAAAAAUUUUGAGGCGCGGGAAAAUUACUUAAAACUUGAAAAAAAGAGCUAAAUUUGGUCAGAGUGUAGAUUUUGAGGAGGAAUUAGACGAAAAAUUGCAUUUUGAAGUAGAAAUGCGCAGUUUUACCCACGUUUUUAACGAAUAAAAAUAAAAAUAUGAAUUUAUUCAGUCUUAGAAAAAGAUUCUCUACUCAAUCAUAACAUAACUAAAGAGUUUUGCCAAGAUAAUUUCGAUUUCAUCGGAUAAUUUCCAGGGUAAAAAGCUCCUUGGACUCCCGCCAACGUGUCGCGAAACGGCUCAUUCUGACGGCGAACGACGAGAAAAUCUGGCGCGGUCCGCCGGUCGCCAGGGACGACUAUGAGAACAUUCACAGGGUCGGUUUUGCCUUGACGAAAUAGUCUAGUGGGAUAGGAGAUUGUUGAUGAUCAGAGGGUCACUGGAUCGAAUCCAGUGGGGUCUUUUUGUUUUUUUGUUGGCUUGAACCUCAUUUUAAUUAAUUUUUUUUUGACUUGUUUAGCGCUUUUAUAGUUUUUUGAGAUCCUUUUUGAAGUUUGUAGGAUAAUAUUUGGAAGAAAUCGCUUUUGAACCAAGUAAUUCGAAAUUUUUACCCUUUUGAUUGUUUGAAAAAUGAGGCCGAUGCAUGAUUUUUUUUAACUUUCAAAAAUUGAACUUUUAACGUUUUAAAAAGUGCUUUUUCUAAUAUUUCCUCUCUCAACUUUGUUUAAUUAUUAUUAUCGAAUUUCAGAUCCUAGGGAGCUCUUAAGGGUUAACACUGAUCUGUCAAUAAAUUAUUGGUCAUUUUUUGAAGAUUGCCGAAGACGAAAGCCUGCACCCGUGGACGAUGGGCCCUCAAAUGAACUACGAUAACCCGCCGGGCGAAAGCCGAAUUCGCGUCGAUUUCCACGAUCGGGUCUUCGGACAGGCGAUGGUCAAGAAACUGACCAAAGAGAUGCCCAGCACUCAGUUUUUCUCCCUCAUCCGCAAGGACCGUCGCGGGGUUCGUUUUUAGACGAAAAAGAGCUGAAUUUGGUUCAAAUUUUGAGUUUUUCAUUUGAAACUGGAACUAUGGGAUAGGAUCGCUACCAAUUUUGAUUUGAGACCAAAAUUUUUUUUUCCGAUUUUUUUUUUCUGAACCUUCUUGAACUUGUAAUCAUAAGUUUUCAAUUAGAACUUUCUUCAUAUGAUUUUUUUAUAAAGUUAAUUGUUAGUUAAGACAAAAAAAUCAUGUGAGAAUGCAAUUUAUCAAAGGUUCGAUAACCUUGGAAAAAUAAAGUUUUUUGAAAUUUCUUCAAUUUUUUCUAGAGCUUUAGUGAGAAUAGUUUUAAUAGGCAAUGAUGUUUGUUAUGGAAAAAUUGGGGAAAGCAGUCGAAAAAAUAAAAUUUUUAAAAAUCCCAUUUUCCGUUGACUUUGUUUGUUAAUAAAAAAAAGCAAAAAAAAAAGUUUUCAUUGAGUUUUUCCAGGUUCGACUGAUACCAUCCGUCCGUCGCUACCUGAACAUUUCGAAAAGGAUUCGCUACACUUUGGGCCAAAUCGAGUUUGUUUGAACCUGUUCAAUAAAUUAUUCACGAGAAAAUAGCCUUUUCCGAAAUUUUUCCACAGAAAAUGUAUGGAAAAGGACAUUUUUUGAGAAUUUUAACUCUAAAAAUCGCAUAAAAGUGAGCGAGAGAUCACUAGCUCCCAAAGAGACGCCAGAGAAACGAGACGGCUUUUCUUCUCUGACGUCUCUUCAACCCCUCGUCGAUCUAUAUUUUUAUCCCAAAUUUUUCGAAAUUUGUGAACAGAAAAUAGACGAACAAUAAUAAUUUUUUGGGAAUUUUGACUCUAAAAAUCGAAAAUAUGAGUUAGAGAUCAAUAGCUGCAGACACCACAAGAAAGGGUUCCGUGGCGAAACGGUGAGUUAAUCUCCCAAUGAUUAUUGUGAUUUUUUUUAGCAAAUUCGUGAGGAUUGCGAGUUCACCUAUGUCCGAUUAAUUGACGAUUUCUGUGUCAAUAACGAUUUUGGAUCGAUUAUCGUUGAAGGAUAUCCUCAUGAGUGAGUUUUGAACGACGGAAAUGGACUUUUAAGCUCGUGAUUUGGGUCGAAAUAGUGGAAAUAUUAAAAAAACACCGAAAAUAAUGAUUUUUAUAGAGGAAAAUAGGUCUAGAACUACUUGAAAAGAAGGUUAAAGGCGCAUGAUUUUCUAGGAUUUUGCGUGAAUGUUUCUUCGUCUUGAGACCUUUUUUUGUUUUCAAAAAUGUAAUCUUCUGAGGAAAUUUUGUAUUCAAGUUUCUAAGAGUCUGGAAAGUUUUUGUGAAUUUUGAGGAUUUUUCUUUUUUUGGCCUAAAAUUUGCUAUUUUUACGAUUUUUGAGAACAUCCAAAAAUGGGAAAGAACGUUUUUUUUCUCUGAACGCUCUCUUGUUUCCCAGUGCUCUCUAGUUUUUGGAAAGUUGAAAUUUAGAGAGCGUUAGAAAAUGAGAGAGUAUUUUUGUUCUCUGCGCUCUCUUGGUUACUAGUGCUUUCUAGUUUUUGGAAGUUGAAAAUGAGAGCCCUUUUCCUCUGUACACUCUCCUGUUCCCCAGUACUCUCUAAAAGUCGGAGUUUGAAAGUUAGAGAGCGUUCAAAAACAAGAGGGCAGGUGGUUUUCUUUCUCUGAACUCUCUCUUGUUUCCCAGUGUUCUCUAGUUUUGGACAAUCAGAACAUAUUUUUUCACUAUUUUUACUGUUUCAGGUACGUCGUCCACGUUUAUAAUAACUUAAUUAACGCGGUCGCCCCGAUAUUCAUCGACUGCAGUGGAGAAAGUGCUUGUCUGCUCUAUGGGUAAGGAAAUUUUCAAAAAAAAAAGUUUAAGGAUUAAUUUUUGACGGAGUGUUCUUUAGGGACUUCUGAUUUUAAAAAAGGGACUAAUUUUUAAAAAAAGUAGAUUCAUUUUUUGAGUUUUGAAGAUUUAAAAUAACGCUUUUUUCAUUUUUUCUGGUAGUUUGUCAAAUUUGAAGCAUCGUUGCGAAAAAAAUUAUUGCCUUUCUUGGAAUCAGAAGUUCAUCAAGUUCAUCAAAAUCCAAAAAGAAAAUUGAAAAAAGUCCCAUUUUCAGAAAAAAUUUCUGUUUUCAUUUCCCGACUUUAGGCCCGGAUUGAAAUUGGCCGAAACGUUGGUCCAAUGGCAGCAGGGCAAAAUUGUGAUGGAUAUCGAUUUGUAUAAUGAGAGAAUCGCGCUUUUCGGCAGGGAUGAAGUCGUUGGCCUUGUGAAGGGCGAACUCGAAAAGUUCCACAAAUCGUUCGUUUUUAUUCAUUUUUCAGAAGGAAGGUCAUUUUACUUUGCUGUUGGGAUCUACCUGAAAAAAAUGACCAGUAAACUCCUUGGUGUACCAGAAAAAAAGAUUCUGAAAGUUUGACCAUGCAGGACUUCUUGGUUUUAGGGGAAAAAAAGUUUUUUUGGAGGGGGGUGGUUUAGGGGAAUGAGAGUUUUAAAAAAAGCCAAAAAAAUGGCCUGUUUUAACGGAUUUUGAGGGUUUUUUUCGACAGAGAAACUUUUUUUGUGAUUUUUUUAUAAGAAAUAUGAAAUAUGAAGCCAUUGUGAGUUUUGAUGUUACGAUUUUUAAAAAGUUGGCUAAAAAUCAUUAUUUGAUCUGAUCUUCUGUUUUUUUAGCAAAAUGAUCGUUUUUUUAUAAUUUGAAUUUUUUUGUUUUCUUUGAAAGUUUUCCCAAUAAUUUCAUGAAAUCGGAUCCAGAUAAUUCCCCUUUUUUUCAACAUAUUCCAAUCGGAUUCAAAAAAAUCAAGUUUUUAAGAUUGCGAAAAAAAUUGAGCUUGACCAAAAAUUUGAGAAUAUGAAAGAAAAAAAGUCGUUUUUUUAAUGCUGAAAAAUAAGAUUUUCGGGAAUUUUUUUCAGCAGGUGUUUUUUUCUCUUGGAGUUUAUUUUGAUUCAUAAUUGGCAAUAAAUACGUUAAAAAAAUGGACGUUUUGAAAUGAAAUUUUGAAAAAGGUAUAAAUUGAGACAUUAGAAGGCUAAUUUUUUCACAGGAUCAAAAAAAUUCGGCAUUUUUUUCUUAGUUUAAUAUCGAUUCCUCCACUCAAAGUUGAACAUUUUGAAAAUUUUUUUUAUUCACAAAAUUCUGAAAAUCCUUCAGAAAACACUUGACUGACAUGGACGCCCAAAUAUUGAUCGACGAGCCUCGUUUCUCGCCGAAUAUGAUGAACUUGCUCUACCUUAUGUAUGAUAAUGACGAUGUUUUCAAGUCUGUUUAAUAUUCCAUCAGACAUGUCAAAAAAGCUGAUUUUACAGUCAACACGUCGGAGAGGACGGAUGCAUAAAAGUCCAGGGAAAUAUGAUCGAUUUCCGUGGCAAAGUGGCGGCUUUUGAGCGACUCAACGAGCUCCUGGAGACGAUCAGCGAAGAGGUGGAGUGGCUAAGAGUCUGGAGUGUGGAUCUAGGGGUCGAGGGUUCGAUUCCUGACCAGGGUUGAUUUUUUUUUGCUGGACUUAUAUUCGUUUUAGGCUCCUCAUUGGUUCUGAUAAGUGGAAAUUUUGUUUAAAAUCAGCGAAAAUGUAAAAAAAUUUUUUUUUGAGGCUUUGAGAUUCCUUUCAUUUUCGUUAGAUCGAGGUAGAGUGGCUAAGAGUCUGGAGUGUGGAUCUAGGGGUAGAGGGUUCGACUCCUCGCCAGAGCUAGAUUUUUUGCCGAAAAUUGACGAAAAUAUCAAAUUAUCUUUUUUUUAAUUUUCAGUUUUUUUUUUAGCCAUUAUCGGUUUUACAAAGUAAAAAAAUCUGGCUAAUAAUCAGCAAAAUAUCAUUUUUUUAAAGUUUCCAGUCAAUUUAUUUUCAUGUUCUCAUUGAAUCUGAGUUCCACCAGAAAUAACAAAAAAACCCUCAUUUUUUUCAAAUUUCAUAUAAUUUUUCAUUCAUUGGGAAUUUCGACAAGUUGGAAAUUUUGGCGUAAAUUGAAAGUUAGUGUGAAAAAAAUCCUUUUUUUGCCGUUUUAAAAAAACUGGCUCCUUUAUAUAGAACUGUCGUUAUAGAGAAAAUUUUUUUGGAAAGGUCGAUUUAGCGAUUUUUUCGAGCGGAAUUGUUUUUUGUAUUGAAUAAUUUAAAUAAUUUCCGGAUAAAAGGAAAAUUCUAAAUUUCGACUUUCAUUUUUUUUUCACUGAAAAACGAUCAUUUUUCAGUUGCGCUUGAUGCUCGGUGGUCCCAACUCCGUGCCUUACCGACCUGACUGCGCCGUUUGUCUUUGUCCGGUUCCCGACGACUAUUUCCGGCUUUCUUGUGCCCAUAUCUACUGCCGGACUUGUUUCGUCGGACAGGUACAGAGGAGAAAAAAAAGGAGAAAAGUAGAGGAUUUUUUUCAGGUCAAACAUGACCUCUUAAAUCGAGUUUGGCCCCUGAAAUGUGCACAGGAAGGCUGUAAUCUCUGUGUUUCGCCGGACGACUUGAAGGUUUUUUUUGGGAUCUUUAUGACUUGAGGUCAAAAACUAGGCUUGAAAGAAAUUAUGACGAAAAAGUUGAUAAAAUGGACUAUAUACGUUUCGAAAAAGCUUUAAAGGAAGCAUAAGAAAGCUUGGAGGUUCCAUAGAUGAAGAGAAAACUUACGUAAAGACGAAUGGGAUUUAAAAAAAUGGGAUAAAAUAAACCUAGAGGUUUCGUUAUUUUUUCAAGGAAAGUGCGCUCCAAGGAUAACUUUGGGACGAAAUUAAAGAGGCUGAACAAAAUCAAAGGAAAAUCAUGAAUAAAUUGUAGGAAUUUAUUGGAAAACUGCUCAAAAAGUAGUUUUUUUAAUAUAUUUUCGGACGGGAAUGAUCAAAAAAAUAACGAAAAUGAGAAAAUUUUUGUAAAGAGAAAUUUUUUUGACAUUUUUCUGUGAAAUUUGAAUUUUUCUGUUUAGUUCUUGAUCCUCGGCUGUACUAAUUUUAAAGCUACUUGAAAAAAACAGUAAUGAAUUCCUGAUUAAUUGUUUUUUUAUUUUGAAAGAAAAAUAAUGAGCAAGGGCAAGAAGAACAUAUAAAAUAUUUUUUUCUGCGAAAAAAACUUUUUUUCAGUUUACGAUGACCAACAUAUUUGAAAAACUGCUCGAAAUAUUCAAAUAUGAUUUUUCUAUUAAAUUCCACAUUGUUCGAAAUAAAAAUAAUAAAUAAGCGCCUUAAUAAUCUUCAGAACAUUCACAAUUUUUUUCUUACUGAACGAAUUUUUUUUUUUUUUGCUGUUGAAAAAAAUCUUGAUUAUUUCAUUUUUUUCCGAUCCUUGGCAUCUUGAAAAACUUUAGAUUUUUUUCAAGAUUUUUCACAUCAUACGUCGGCUAGAUACGUCCCCGGGGUGCGGCCCCCCUCACCCCGCUCAAACUGCGGCCUACCCCCGAAAAGGGCGGUCUAUCUCAGUACAUUUAAAAUUUUUUUUUCCGCGCGCAGAAGACUGGAGUCGGAUCCAGCCGAUUAAAAUUUUUGUAACGAAAAUAAACUUGACCCUCUUCCUGAAAAAUUCUUGAUUUCUCUCUUCAGUACUUGAUCCUCGGCCCUUCGAACCGUGUACGAAGUCUGGACGACCAAAAAAUCGUUCCUCUGACGCGAGCCGCCAUCACAGUGGCCCUGAGGUCUGGCGCCGGAAUUUUGGCCUGCCCGACGGUCGAUUGUCAAGGCAUUUAUGAGGUAAAAUUGGGAAAAGAACCCCCUUUUUCAGAGUUUUGGGGGUGUUGCACACUUAUUACUAAAAUUAACUCGGUGAAAAGUUUUAAGAGUUUUUUUUCUUGACCCUUUUUUGAAGCUUUCUAGCCCACCAAGAAAAGCUAAAUAUAGGGAACCCUUUUAGCGGCCAUUUUGCACCCGUUUUCCGCACUCGAUAGUGAUUCGUUUUUUUAGGCUGUACCAAAGGACCUGCCCGCCAAGAUCAUAACCUGCUACGAAUGCCGACAGGACACUUGCACCAAGUGUCGUCUGCCACGGCACGGCGCCGUCAGCUGUUUAACCAACUCCUUGCUCCAUCGUUCGUUUUUUUUUUCUUCUUCUUGGAGAAUUUCAAUUGAACUCGUUUCCAAAUAUGUCUUUUCACAGAUAACGCCGACAUGUCGUUGUUGAUCUACACGAGAAAUCUGAAGGAAGGAAAAUUGCGAAAUUGUCCCAACACGGCUUGUGGCGCCAUCAUCGAGAAGGUUAUUGAUUAAUUUAUUCAUUCUUGCUGGUGGAAUUCAUGAAAAAUCAAAGAAUUUCGCUGUGGUUUUUCUUUGAUUUUUUUUCUCACAUUGGUCUUUUUUUUUUGAUUAUUUUUUUUUCAUAAUUUUGUUCCGAAUGCCCUCCUUCAACAAUGCAAUGGAAUAAGGAUAGAAACAUGAAAAUGGUAUUAAAAAAAUUUAGCAAAAGUAGGAAAAAUACAAGGUGAAAAAUUAAAAAGUUGCCUAACUAAUAGUAACUUUUCCGAUUUUUUUUUCGUGGCUUCCGCGUUCUCAAUAACUUAGGAACUCCAUAGUGGCCCCUAUAGGGAGAACCCUUGAAGUUUUUCUCACUUCACCAGCCCCUAUAGGGGUCACUUAAGCUUAAAAAAGUGGUAUCUAUCGAAAUUUUAGUUAGUGGCCCCCAUAGGGGACAUGCUAAUCGAUAAUUUUUGAAAUUGAAAGAUCCCUAUAGGGUUCACUUGACCUUUGGGAGCUUAGGUGUCAGACUGUAAACCCCUUUAGGACCUCCUUGAUUUUACCACUAUAAAGACCAUUUCCGGCCCCCUUUAUAGAUGGUUUUCCCCUAACCCCUAUAGGGACGUUUCUGGAAAUCCUAAGAACUUCAUACAAAUGAUGCAGUAGUAAAAAAUAGAAACAAGAAAAUGUUAGGGAAAAAUAAAUCAGGGAAAGUAGGGAAAAUAUGAGCGGGAAAAGUCCAAAUGGUGUGAAGAAAUCACUAAUUUUCAACUUCUUCAAAUAAAGAUUGCGAUUUCCAGGAACGCGGAUGCAAUCACAUGACCUGCUCGGCUUGCAAAACCGAAUUCUGCUGGCUUUGCGACUGUUUUACGGUAAUUUUUUGCUUAAUUUUGAGAUAAUUUCUUCCCAUUUUAUUCAUUUUGAUCGAUUUUUAUUCAUCCCUACUUUUCUUCACUUAUAAUAUUCAAUGAUUUCAGGGCCGUGUCCAAGACAUCUACAAGCACCUCCACGAGUUCCACAAGGGCGUCGGCGGCGAUUGGGAUCCUUUUGUCGUUAGUUUUUUGAAAAGUUCAAAAAAAUAAAUUUUGAUGUUACUUUUUCUUAAAGCUCGGGACUUUCUAUCUCUUGACGGUCUUGCAAAAAAAAAUUCGGGUUUUUUCGGAGAGUAUGAGGAAAAAAUAGACGCUCAGACAGCUCAAGUUUCUCUGCCUGUCUGGAUGUCUCCAUCUUUUUCAUGCUAUCUCAAAGUUUUUCUAAAAAACUUCAUUUUUUGAAGGGAUUUUGGACUCAAAUUAGCACUGGAACGGAAAAUUUAGAGAGCAUGGGAAAUGCAGAGUGCCUGAGACAGCUAGAGUCCACCUUGGUUUCUCUAGAUUCUCUCCUUUUCGUGGAGUCUCUAGCAAGUAGGCUGCAAUUCAGCCUCCCGUUGAAAAUUUGAUGCCCCGUCCUUGAUAUUAGAAAAAACGAGAGAAUAUGACAGUUGGAAAGUUUCAGCCAUUUUUUUGUCUGCUUUUCUAGGUGUCUCCAGUUUUUCCGUUCUCUCUAUAAAUCGAUGAGCUGGACAAAUUUUCUUAAAGUGACGAAAGAACUUUCAAAACUUCUGCCUUUCAAGGGAACACUUAAGGGGCGCUAAAACUACUAGAGUUAUCACUCAGUUGGUCAUAGGGUUCAUCUCUUCCUUGAAAUUUACUCUACGGAAAAAAAGGGAACUCCAUAGCGUCCCUCUAGAGGCAACCGUAAAGGUCCUUGAGGGUCCCCUCUAGGGACCACUUAACAAAAAAAAAACCCCUAUAAUGGCCACUAAACCUCGCAAAAGUGGUCUCUCUAGGGGAUAGGCUAUUGGAUAAUUUUUAUGAAUGUAGAAUAAUUUCCAUGCGAAAAACUGAAUAGAAAAGCGUUUUGAAUAAAAUUGAAACGCCCCUGUAGGGAACUCUCUGAUUUUACCCUUAUAGGGACCACUUUUCGGGCCCCUGUAGGGGCUGUAUGGACCACACUAAGACUCCUAAGUAGUUAGAGUCAUGUUAAGGCCAAAAAAGGAUUUUUCCAAGGGUUAUUUGAUUUCAGGACGACGAGGAGAACUUCGGUCUCGAAGAAAUGAGGGAACUCCUGAUGGGCCAAGUCUUGCCGCUUCCUUAA